CUCUGUGGGAUUGAGCGCUGCCUCUUUCCUUUUUCUUUUUUUACACGGAUACACUGCGAGACUUUUUCCCUCUCCACAGGUUCUUCUCGUUUUGUCGGUCCUUUUAGACUAGAAUAGAAGCUGGUUUAGUGCACGGUGUUUCUUCUCUAAGUAAACUUGCUAAAAGUGGCUUUAUUCGGCUCGGAAGGGAUGAUGAUGGGGACUUUACGCGACCUCCAGUACGCGCUUCAGGAGAAAAUUGAAGAACUGAGACAGAGAGACGCGCUCAUUGACGAACUGGAGCUCGAACUGGACCAGAAAGACGAACUCAUUCAAAAACUGCAGAACGAACUGGAUAAGUACCGCUCCGUGAUCCGCCCGGCGACCCAACAGGUCCAGAGCCGCUCGGAGCUGCAGGAGCAUCAGCGCACCAAACGACAGGCGAUCAGCGCCGAACCCGCCAACGUCCAGCAGCUGAGUCACGUGACCCUGCCCAACGUCCCCAAGAGUGCCAAGUCAAAGGAACUGAUCAAGUCAGCUAUUCUGGACAAUGACUUCAUGAAGAAUCUGGAGAUGUCUCAGAUCCAGGAGAUAGUGGACUGUAUGUAUCCAGUGGACAAUGACAAAAACAGCUGUAUUAUUAAAGAAGGGGAUGUGGGCUCCCUCGUCUACGUCAUGGAAGAGGGAAAAGUUGAAGUGUCUAAAGAAGGACUGAAGCUGUGCACUAUGGGACCAGGAAAAGUGUUUGGAGAGCUCGCCAUCCUUUAUAACUGCACCAGGACGGCCACUGUGAGAACUGUCACCAGUGUGAAGUUAUGGGCCAUCGACAGACAGUGUUUCCAGACCAUCAUGAUGAGGACAGGACUCAUCAAACAUGCAGAGUACAUGGAGUUAUUGAAAAGUGUCCUGACGUUCCGGGGUCUUCCAGAACAAAUACUGAGCAAGCUGGCUGAUGUCCUUGAGGAGACCCACUAUGAGGAUGGCGACUACAUCAUUCGCCAGGGGGCAAGAGGAGACACAUUCUUCAUUAUCAGUAAAGGAAAGGUGACGAUGACUCAAGAGGACUGUCCGGGUCAGGAGCCCGUCUAUUUGCGUUCUAUGGGGAAAGGAGACUCGUUUGGGGAAAAAGCCCUACAGGGGGAGGAUAUCAGAACAGCUAAUGUCAUCGCAGCAGAGUCUGUCACCUGCCUUGUGAUUGACAGAGACUCAUACAAACACCUGAUUGGAGGUCUCGAAGAUGUGUCCAACAAAGGCAGUGAAGACGCAGAGGCAAACGCAAAAUACGAGGCAGAGAACGCAUUCUUCUCCAACUUAAACCUGUCGGACUUCAACAUCAUCGACACUCUUGGCGUUGGAGGAUUUGGCCGUGUUGAGCUGGUGCAGCUCAAGAGCGAUGAGAUGAAGACAUUUGCGAUGAAGAUCCUAAAGAAGCGCCACAUUGUGGACACGAGACAGCAGGAGCACAUCCGCUCGGAGAAACUGAUCAUGCAGGAGGCACAUUCAGACUUUAUAGUCAGACUCUAUAGGACAUUUAAGGACAGUAAGUACCUCUAUAUGCUGAUGGAAGUGUGUUUAGGUGGAGAACUGUGGACUAUUCUCAGAGACAGGGGCAACUUUGAUGAUUCAACUACGCGCUUUUACACGGCAUGUGUGGUGGAGGCGUUCGCUUACCUGCAUUCUAAAGGCAUCAUAUACAGAGACCUCAAACCAGAGAACCUGAUACUAGACCACAGAGGCUACGCCAAACUGGUGGAUUUUGGCUUUGCUAAGAAGAUCGGCUUUGGGAAGAAGACGUGGACAUUCUGUGGUACACCAGAGUAUGUGGCUCCAGAGAUCAUCCUGAAUAAAGGUCAUGACAUCUCCGCAGAUUACUGGUCCCUCGGAAUCCUCAUGUACGAGCUGCUGACUGGCAGUCCUCCUUUUUCGGGACCAGAUCCAAUGAAAACAUACAACAUCAUUCUUAGAGGCAUCGACAUGGUAGAAUUCCCUAAAAAAAUUACCAAAAAUGCUGCCAAUCUCAUCAAAAAGCUAUGCAGAGACACGCCGUCUGAAAGAUUAGGAAACUUGAAAAAUGGAGUCAAAGACAUCCAGAAGCACAAAUGGUUUGAAGGGUUUAACUGGGACGGAUUGAGGAAGGGGACACUGACGCCCCCCAUCAUCCCUAAUGUAACAUCAUCCACAGACACUAGUAACUUUGACAGCUUUCCCGAGGACACUGAAGACCCACCGCCUGAUGAUAACUCAGGCUGGGACACAGACUUCUAAUCAGGCCCAGACACACAACACU